AUGAGUGAUUUCUUGAAAUCGGCCAUAAACUACUUCAAUGCGACACCUUCUAAUGGAUUGGACAACGAUUUCGUGGGCCAGACGGUGGAAGUGGCUAAUGUAAAGCUGCGUAUCAAACGUGUUAUAGCGGAAGGUGGAUUUGCGUACGUAUACGUGGCACAGGAUGUGCAAUCUAACACGGAGUACGCACUGAAGCGUCUGCUCGGCACGGAUAAAGAGGAGUGCAAUAAUAUUAUACGUGAGAUCAACAUUCACAAGCAGGUGUCUGGCCAUCCGAAUGUGGUAAAGUUCAUUGCGGCUACCUUCAUCGAUCGAACACAGAGUUCCAAUUCGCAGCGGCGAGCAGAAUAUCUGCUCGUGUCGGAACUCUGUAAAGGAGGCUCGUUGUAUGAUUGUCUGGAGCAAGACCUCGCCCCGGAAACAGUACUGCGGGUGUUCUACCAGGCUACGAAAGCCGUGGCUCAUCUACACAGUCAGCCGAAGCCGAUCAACCAUCGAGAUAUAAAGAUAGAGAAUUUCCUUAUCGGAAGCGAUGGGUUGCUGAAGUUGUGCGAUUUUGGAUCGGCAUCUACGGAUAGCUUUGCUCCGGACGUAACGUGGAAUGCCCAGCAGCGGGAUACGCUUGAAGACGCUUUAACACGAUGCACGACUCCAAUGUACCGAGCACCGGAGCAGCUCGAUACGUGGGCAAAUUAUCCGAUCGGCAUCAAGAUGGACGUCUGGGCACUCGGUUGCAUUUUGUAUUGCCUCUGCUACCGCAAGCAUCCUUUCGAGGAUUCGGCAAAACUGCGCAUUAUAAACGCAAACUAUACUAUUCCCCCGAAUGAUGCGCGUUACGCAUGCUUCAGUGAAGUAAUCCGUGGAUGUUUACAAAUAGAUCCGAAUCAGCGUUUCGACACUGCUACGAUUCUGGAACGGUUGGCCGCAAUCGCGGAGACGAAAGGAUGGCCUUUGAAGGCAGCACUAGGACUUCUGGGGAAACCACUAAACUCCCCUCCUACAGGCAUGACCCCAGCGCCUAGCCCAAGCCACAAUCGACCGAACGGUGGUGUAGUACCGGAACGUCCAGCACCACCAAGACCUGUUUGUCCGCCGGGCGGUCCAGUGCCGGUGUCCAGUGAUGGUUCGCUUAGAAACAAAUACCCUCAGCGUCCUCCGGAUCCAGUACGUACGGUACACGCAAAUGCUCCUCCACUUCAUUCCGGACCUUCGCCAUAUUCUGCACCUCACGCUCAACAGUUUAGUCAACCGGUUCCACCAGCAAUGGGAGGUGGUGGAGGACUUUUUUCCUCGAUAAAAGGAGGCGCAGGAAGCUUUUUGAAGAAUCUUAAAGAUACCUCUUCGAAAGUGAUGCAAACGGUUCAGCAAAGUAUUGCCCGUACGGAUCUGGACAUAAGCUACGUUACGCAGCGGAUCAUAGUGAUGCCUUGUCCGUCCGAGGGCAUUGAAUCGACGUAUCGGACGAAUAACAUCGAGGAUGUAAAGCUAUUCUUGGACAGCCGCUACCAACCCACGAAGCUGAGCGUUUAUAAUCUGGUCGGUCGGAAUAGUUGUCCACGAUUACCGCCUCCGGUUCGAACGGUAGACGCAGGUUUUAUUUAUGCACCCGUUCCGCCGCAGGGUGGCAAAGCACCUUUACUGACUGGACUUUACUCGCUGGUAGAGGAUAUUUAUGGAUUUCUGAGUGCUGAUCCGAAAACGAUCGUUAUUAUCCAGAGCCCCGACGGUGGACGUGCGCUUGCAGCGACGGUCGUGUGUGCGUUGUUGAUAUACGCCUCACUGGUAACGGAACCGGAAGAUGCAAUGCAAAUGUUUGCUAUCAAGCGAACACCACCAAGUAUGCGACCCUCCGAGCUUCGCUACCUCUAUUACUUGGGCGACAUUGUCCGGUCGGUACCGCACCUGCCACACUAUAAGCCGGUAACGCUAGUGUCACUUGCUGUGACACCAGUGCCGCGCAUGACAAAGGCCCGCGAUGGUUGCCGAAUGUUUGUGGAGGUGGCGACUGCCGAUCGAACGGUAUUCUGUACGCUGCAAGAUUACGAACGAAUGCGUAUGUAUCAUACAUCGGAGGGAAAAAUUGCACUCGCGAUGAAUGUAACGGUUUGCGGUGAUGUUACGAUCAGUUUAUACCAUGCCCGCAAUGCUCUUGGCGGUAUGGGACGACCGCAGGGCCUUAAGAUAUGUCAGCUUCAGUUCCACACUGGCUUUAUACCGGAGGAGGAAACAUUAAUAAACUACGAUCGAUCCGAGUUGGAUGAAGUUCCGGAUGUGGAGCAUGUGCCGCAAAAGUUCAGCGUGGCUUUAAGUGUGUUCGUGGGAGAUUCUGAGCGUCCACCGUCUGCAAACCCUCCAUGGAGUGCACCGAAAGCAGCACGUGAUCCACACACCCUGUUCGCUUCUCAGGUGGAAUAUGAAGAGAACGUGGAUAACUUCGUCACAAAACCAAGCAGUAAGGGAAAGGGAGGGGUCGAAUCGUCUCUACCACAUAAACCCCCACCACCCCGGCCGGCACCACCAUCGCCACAACCGACGCAUCGAGUGCUGGGCGAAGAAGUCCCUCGGGUUGGAUCCUCCGGAAUUUCAUCCAGCGUUGGCAUGGAACAACAAGAGGCCGAUCUUUUAAGCCUUAACAAAUCUAGUCAAGGAAGACAGGCACAGGAAGAUUCGCCGUCGGUUCCAAAGAUCGAAGAAACCUACGAUCUACUUGGUGGACUGUCACCACCGGUGGUUUCAGGACAGACUGCCACUGAACCUCACAUUUCUUCCAGCGGCCGAGGUACGGCAACUUCAACUGCCGUGUUGGAUGAUAUAUUUGGAACUCUUGACGAUGCAUCAGUUCCAAGUGGAGCCACAUUGCCUAGCACCAAAUCGAGCAGCGAUCUAAAUGGAUUAAAUCUGAACUUCGAUCAUUUUGGUGGAGUUGCGCAACCAGCAAGUGGGGCUCCUUUUACGAACGGAGGAGGACAAUCGGACGCAACGGCGGGUAAUGCAAAUAACAGCUUUGGCUUUGACGCAUUCGCUGGAGUCGCCCCACAAUCAAUCUAUAAUAGUGCUGCUCAGGUAAAAUCUACACCAACUGUUCCGCAACAGCAGCCAGCAUCGACUAGCGCUGGAUCGAAGGAUCCUUUCGCAGACAUUGGCAAUUUGGCAGCGGGUCUCGGCGGUGCCAGCGGUAACGUUGGUGGUGCUUCUGGUGUUUCCAGCGGUUGGGGCGGUAAACCUGGAACUACCCCAAGUCCUCGUUCAACACAGUUCUCCAGCCCAACACAUCAGUUUAGUGGAGCCAGCACAGCAAAUCCGUCACCGAGGGCUCCUUCGACGCCGAACCAUCAGAUGCGCAGUCCGAAUGAUCCGAGCCAACCACAGGCUCGUCCCGACUACAGUAGAUCGCAUUUCGAACCACCGAAGAAUGGGAGCAAUGGAAAUGCGAAAGAUACACCGAGUGGUGUCCGAUCAGGUGACAUUUUUGGCGAUAUUCUUGGUCAACAAGGUUACUUAUUUGGUAGCACGAAAAACCAGGGACCACGAACAAUGAACGAUAUGCGCAAGGAGGAGUUGGUGAAGGAGAUGGACCCCGAAAGGGUGAAACUGAUGGAAUGGACUGAAGGUAAAAAGAACAAUAUCCGUGCGUUACUCUGCACGGUGCAUACCGUGCUGUGGCCCGGUGCUAAGUGGACAAAGUGUGAAAUGCAUCAGCUUGUAUCGGCGGCUGAUGUGAAGAAAAUUUAUCGCAAAGCAUGUCUCGCCGUACAUCCCGACAAGCAUACCGGCACGGAAAAUGAAAGUAUGGCUAAAAUGAUAUUCAUGGAGCUGAACAACGCAUGGACCGAGUUCGAAAGUGAUGCCAGCCAACAGAAUCUAUUCUCUAACUAA